AUCAUCUUGUGGCUGCUUUAUUACCUCAUAAAUGUUACUUUCUAGGAAUAUCCAGAGAGCAUCCAAGAGUGUUACGACACUUAAAUGUACUUCGAAGGUGGUUCAGACUGUAAGAUUUAAUUCUUCAAGUUCUGGCCCAGUCUUAACUAAUAAAUAUAAAGAAGCCUUCCCUGAAUUAUCAGAUUCCGAUUUGAAUAGCGAUGGUACUCCAGAUUACCUCAAAUUGAUUCUUACCGCAAGGGUUUAUGAUGUCGUUGAUAGAGCUGGCUCACCUUUGACUCGUGCCAUCAAUUUGUCUAAUAAAACCAACUGUAAUGUUUUUUUAAAACGUGAAGACUUAUUACCAGUUUUUUCAUUCAAAUUACGUGGUGCUUAUAAUAUGAUUGCCCAAUUACACGCUAAGUCAAAAACUCCACUUUCUGGUGUUAUUGCUUGUUCAGCUGGUAAUCAUGCUCAAGGUGUUGCCUAUUCAGCUGCAAGAUUGAAAAUUCCUUCAACAAUUGUUAUGCCAACUGCCACUCCUUCUAUCAAAUACACUAAUGUUUCAAGAUUAGGCUCUCAAGUCGUUUUAUAUGGUGAUGAUUUUGAUUCUGCCAAACAAGAAUGUGAUCGUUUGAGUAACUUGAAUAACUUGAUCAAUAUUCCACCUUUUAAUCAUCCUUUUGUUAUCGCCGGUCAAGGUACAGUUGCGUUAGAAAUUACCAGGCAGUUACAAUUAGAUAAGUUGGAUGCUGUUUUCAUCCCUGUUGGUGGUGGUGGUUUAAUUGCUGGUAUUGCUUCUUAUUUGAAAAAAAUUGCUCCUCAUGUUAAAAUUAUUGGUGUUGAAACCUAUGACGCUGAUGCUUUGUACCAAUCCUUAAAAAAUGGCAAGCAAGAAUUCUUAGAAAAAGUUGGUGUUUUUGCUGAUGGUACUGCUGUCAAAGUUCUUGGUAAUGAAACUUGGAGACUUUGUAGUACUUUGGUAGAUGAUGUUGUUAGAGUUUCAACCGAUGAAUUAUGUGCCGCCAUUAAAGACAUAUUCGAAGAUACCAGAUCCAUUGUUGAACCUUCUGGUGCUUUAUCGGUAGCUGGUUUGAAAAAAUAUGUUCAUGAUACUGCUGGAAAAAUUGAUCAUAGAAAUAAAACUUACGUUCCUAUUUUAUCAGGUGCAAACAUGAACUUUGAUAGAUUGAGAUUUGUAAGUGAAAGAGCUGUUUUGGGUGAAGGUAAAGAAGUUUCUUUAGCCGUUGCUAUUCCUGAAAGACCUGGUGAAUUCGCCAAAUUACAAAAAAUUUUACAUAACAGAGCUGUCACUGAAUUCUCUUAUAGAUUUGGUAAUUCAGACCCUGCUAACAUCUUCUUAAGCUUUAAUGUUAUUAAUAAAGAUAAAGAACUUGCAUCCAUCAUAAACACUAUGACUGAUGAAGAUCACAAGUAUGAAGUCAUUGAUAUUUCUAAGAAUGAAUUAGCUAAAACCCACGGACGUUACUUAAUUGGUGGUAAAUCACCUAGAGAAGGUUGUACUAAAAUUUCAAGAGAAAGAUUAUUCAGAUUCGAGUUCCCUGAAAGACCAGGUGCUUUGACUAACUUUUUACAAUCUCUUAAGGACGACUGGGAUAUUACUUUAUUCAACUAUAGAAAUCAUGGACAUGACGUUGGUAAAGUCUUGUGUGGUUUCGUUCUCCCUGAAUCCACUAGUGAUGAAGAGUUCCAACAAUUCUUAGUGAAAUUGGGUUACAAAUUUGUUGAAGAAACUGAUAACGUCGUCUACAAAAAAUUCUUGCAAAAUUAGUUUUGCGUAACUCAAAGAUAAUAGCUUUUCACUUCAUGCUUACGAUUAUUAUUUCGUAUAUAAUUUGUAUAUAGUAAUCCAGAUAAAC